CCACAAUCCAGUAUUCACUGUCUAGUGUCUACAUUCCCAUAUGUGACAUUUGAGUGUUUGACGUUUGUCGUUUUACCAAAACACAAGCCACAACUUACAAGCGUGAAGCGUGAGGUACUUUACACUCGAGUGCAGUUGAUACAUUAUAUCCAACUGAUUCGAGUAUCACUCAAAAUACAAUUUUAGCUUGUACCUUAUCAAAUAUCAAUAUUUAAUUUGUCAAUUUUCAUAAUUUAAUUAUUUUCGUUUUUCUCGACUGUAUUUUCACCCGCUGGUUAACGCAUCACGUCAAUACAAGAUGCCUAUGAUAAAGCUGCAGAGUUCAGAUGGAGAAGUGUUUCAAGUCGACUUUGAGAUCGCCAAAGCUUCGGUGACCAUCAAAACUAUGGUGGAAGACUUGGGCCUGGAAGAGGAAGACGAGGAGAUCGUCCCGUUGCCUAAUGUGAAUGCUGGUAUAUUGAAGAAAGUCAUUCAGUGGGCAACCUACCACAAGGACGACCCACCACCAGCCGAAGACGACGAAGGACGUGAAAAGCGUACCGAUGAUAUAUCCAGUUGGGAUGCUGAUUUCUUGAAGGUGGAUCAGGGUACACUGUUUGAACUUAUACUGGCCGCCAACUAUUUAGAUAUCAAAGGCUUGUUAGAUGUCACUUGCAAGACAGUCGCCAAUAUGAUUAAGGGUAAGACACCAGAGGAAAUAAGGAAAACCUUCAACAUCAAAAAUGAUUUUACGGCUGCAGAGGAGGAUCAAGUUCGUAAAGAGAAUGAAUGGUGUGAGGAGAAGUAGUUAAUUUUUAUCUACAAAUGUAUGUACUUUUUUUUUUUAUCAACAGCAUCUAUCUUAAUUUUUCAUUCAAUAAUAGACCAUUAUUUUAUAUUUAUUUACUUUUUGUAAUAGGAAUUUUGUUUUAGUUUAUAUCUUAAUAUAAGUAAAAUUGGAUUAAAACAUUUGUUGUACAUUUUACCCGCUUUAUUGUAUUUGGCCUUAUUACAUUAAGUCAACUUAACCUAUGUGUAUAUUUCACAUUUUUGAUUUGUAUAAGUAUUGAUUAAUUUAUUUCUAAAUUGCAUGAAAUUUUACUGUAAGUUCCAAUAUAUUUCAUGUCUAUUUUGCUAAAAAUGUAUAUUCAUUUCUUGAUAAUAUUCAAUUGAUAUACCUUGUAACAUUGACUAAAUAUAAAGUGUAUUUAAUCAAUACUUAUACAGUUCUAUUUUAAUUCAUACAGAUUCAAAUCUCUUAAGUAUAAUUUGCGUAACUUAAAACAUAAAAAAUUGAAACAUUCUGUGAUAGACUUUUUUUUAAUAAAUCACCAAUUGAAGCAGUUUUUUCUGUUUAAUUAGAUUUAAUAGAAUUAGUAAUAUUAAAAAUGUACAAAAGAUAAAAAUUAAUAAACUAAUAAAAUAGCAUA